AUGUCUACACCCACAGAAGAUGCCCCCAAGGCCAAACCCCAUCGGGUCCUUGCAUGCGUCCUCUGCCAGCAAAGAAAGGUUAAAUGUGACCGCACAUUCCCCUGUUCAAGCUGCACCAAACAGGGAGCGCAAUGUGUGCCGGCUACCCAGCCAAGACCACGAAGAAGGAGGUUUCCUGAAAGGCAGCUGUUGGAUAGGUUGAGGAGGUACGAGACGUUGAUGAGACAGAACGGGGUCAAGUUUGAUGCGCUGCAUGAUGAUGCUGGUACAGCCAAGAGUUCACCGCCAGAUUACGAUUCCGAGAACGAGAAUGAGAAUGAGAGCCUUCAACCACGGACUGAAAUGAUAACCGAAGUCAAGAGCAUUUGGCAGGCUAUGCGACAAGGAUACCGCGAUCCAAAUGACACCUUCUACGAAAAUGUCUUCAGUAGCGCUCAAGAUCAAAUGGCAAUCAACGACGAACACAUGCUUUUCGGAUCCCGUCAGUCAUCCGUGGAGCUACACACCCUCCACCCCGAACCUGCCCACUUGUUCAGACUGUGGCAGAUUUAUCUCGAACAUGUUGAUCCUCUGCUCAAGGUCACUCACACGCCUACUUUGCAAGCUAGCAUCGUUGAAGCGGCGUCUAAUUUCAAGGAUAUAUCGCCUACGCUUGAAGCGCUCAUGUUUAGCAUUUACUGUAUGGCUGUGUUGAGCUUAUCGUGCAAGGAGUGUGAGACUAUGUUCAAGACAUCGAAGAAUGAGCUUACGACGAGAUAUCAUUUUGGAUGUCAGCAGGCCUUGUUGAACUGUAACUUUUUGAGAACCGGUAGUCGGGAUUGUUUGACUGCUCUGCUUCUCUACCUGGUAUCGGUCCGAUCGGGUAGUCACCCAAAGUCAAUCUCGUCUAUGCUCGCCGUCGCAGUCCGCAUAGCAGAACGAAUGGGCAUCCAAAGCGAAGCCAGAAACACACGAUGCAGCAUUCUCGAAGCUGAACUUCGAAGAAGACUCUGGUGGUCUCUCGUACUCUUCGACUCGCGCGUCAGUGCUUUAGGAGAUCACAAACCCACAACCCUCGUUCCAACCUGGGACUGCGCACUACCAACGAAUGUCAGCGACUCGGAGCUUCGAGAAGAGACAAAAAGUCCACCAAAGCCCCAAGAACAAGCGACUGAGGCUAUCUUUAUGAUUGUCAAGGCUGAGAUUGGAGAAUAUUACCGCAACAGUCCUUUUUAUAUCGCCUUUACAAAUCCGGUCAUGAAGCCUCUGGCCAAGAAGCUCCCGCCAGGUGGUGAUGUUACUCUGGAGAAGACCAUCGAAGACAAGUAUCUGAGAUUCUGCGAUCCAGAUAAUCGUCUCCAUUUUAUGACGAUGUGGACUGCUCGUUCAACCGUUAUGAAUUGUCGCCUGAUGAACGAGUAUCUUGUCUAUCUCGAUUCUUCAGUUCAGUACACACCUGAACGUCAAGAGACUGCCGUCGCGCAUGCCCUGCGCUGGCUCGAAUGUGACACCAAGCUAUCGAGUUCACCACUUACGAAGAAUUUCCGCUGGUAUCUCCAGCUAUAUUUCCCAUUCCCCGCGUAUAUCCGCAUCAUCCAGCACUUGAAGGGUCAGCCGUUCUCUGAUAACACUGAACGGGCGUGGAAGAUUAUGCAUGAUAAUUAUUCUUGCAGAGCAGCGCCAGAUGCAGAUACACCAAGUCCUGUCUUUCGACCUUUCAUUAACAUCAUCUUGUACGCAUGGGAUACCGUUAAAGCUGCUUACGAGAAAGCUGGAAAGGAGUACCAUACACCAGACUUGGUAGAAUUCAUGAACGAAAAGGUUGCUGCAAUGUCUUUAAAUGGGGAGUCCAAGCCACCCAACGAGGACCAAGGUCAAGGUUCUGUAGCAAUGGAUAUGGACGAUAUGCCAAUGCCAAUGCCCAUGGGGUUCGGCGACCCGGGUAUGCUCUUCAACAUGGGACAGCCGGGGCUUGAUGGUGGUAUCUCGGGACCGUAUAUGACAGAUCAAUCAAUGUUUGCGACGAAUUUAGGGCAGAUGAAUUGGGGGACUAUGCUUUGGGGUACCGGCGCAAAUGGAAAUUGGUAG